AUGUCUGUUCAAAUAUCCUCAUCCAACGACUACUAUGGCUAAUCCAUCCCUCCAUGUAAAUAAGCAAUCCAUUACACAAUUAGAAUAGGUUACUCCAGAUCAAGAAAUUCUUGAAGCCCUACUAUCCAGAAAACCAUUUUAUGAAUCUCUAUUCAAUAGUUUAGUCAAAAUGGGCCUACCAGUCCUUUCUAUUACUCCUAAUCAAACAUUAAUUGAUUCUAUCAAUAAUGGCCUAUUCGAUAUUCCAUAACUUCAAAGACUCAUUUCUAUUAAAUUAGAGGGUCAACCAAUAUCCUAUCAUCGUUGCAAAUUAGCUCACUUCUGUAAGAACUUCAUCACUGAAUGUCUCAACUCCAAUUAAUAAAUUGAAUUAGAACAUAUGCUAGGUUUAAUCAAAAAGACCACUUAACCUAUUACUUUUGCUCAAAUUAAAAGGUUAGAUUAUACAUAAUUAACUUAUGAACAAGAAUUCAAUUAUGCCCUCUUUCUUAAAUUACUUAAUAUCAAUCAUGUUGAACCAUUAUCAAGCAAUCUUACAUUUAAUACAACAGAGAUAACUGGAUAUUAUGAAAUCAAAAAUAUAUAAGAUUUAAGAGAUCAUGAAUAAAUUGAAACAUUUAUAGCUGUCAGAAAAAUGAGACAUUAAAUUUAUUAAAUUAUUCAUGCUAUUGCUGAAAUUUUAGAUUCACUUGAAUCUUUGAAUAUAACUAGAAUUGAAGAUGCAUUCCUAAAAUAUAUUAAUGUCAAAGCAUCCUUGUAAUUUCCAUUUACUAAAUCUAUUAAUUAAGAAUUCAUAGAAAAGUAUAUUUCUGAAGAUCUCAUUACAGAUGAAUCAGCUUAGACAUUUAAUAAAGUCUCCUUUGUUAAAUCAUUAAAUGAUAAUUCCAAAAAUUAAGAUUAAAGUACAAAAAGUAUUCUUUAUUUUCAAUAUAGUAGAAAUAAAUAAAAUACCUAAAGAAGAUAAUUUACUAAAAUCAAAAAGAGAAAAUAAAGAAUAUACCAAAAUUAAAAUGAAAAAUGAUAAUCUUUCAAAAUUUAUGAGAAAAUCAACAAAAAAUAAUAUGAAAAAAUCUCAUUAAGAACUUUCAUUAAAAUGGGAUCAAGAGAAAUAAUCUGAAUUUGAAAAGUAAAUCUCUCAUUUAGAUUAAAUUAAUGUAUUAAAUUUCUCUGAAUUAUUAAACUAAUUGUUCAAUGAUGAUAUUUCUACUAAACCAAAAAAACCUUUAUAAUUUAUUAAAAGAAAAGUUCAUUUUGAUGUUUUUGAUUCUUGUAGAUACUAUAAUGGAAAACUUAUUGGGUAUAAGUAAGUCAAUCCAAGAUAACCUUUUCAUUAAUAUUCAUUCAUUGAAUAUGAAUUAGAUUCAGAAGAAGAAAUAGCCGAAGAUGUUUAUUCUGAAGAAAGAUCUGUUGAUAUGACAUCUUCUGAUUCUUUAUAAGAAUUUAUUGAAUUGGAUUAAAAAUAAUCAUUUGUUUAAAAUGAAGAACCCUUUACAUUAAUUUGUGAUUAAACAAACUUUGAAUAAUUUUAAAAUUACAAAGCCAUUAUAUUAUCAGAUAUUAUACCAAUUUUUGAAUUUGAUACUAAAACUAAUCAAAAUGCUAAAAAUUUAAGCAAAAGUGUACAUUUGUAAAAUAGAAAUGAUUAAAUAAUCAAAGUUUUAGAAAAUAUUAUGACUCCAAUAACAAAUCAAUGUCUAUAAAUUUAGGAUACAGAAUUCUUUAUAAUACCUUAAUCAGUUGAAAAACAAUGA